AUGGCGGAGCCCACGCGCACCGCGGAGCCGGGGAGGUUUGCGCUCCGCUCGCCGCGCUGCAGGGAGGGCGCGGUGCCAGGCGCGAGCUCCCAGAGACCCAAAAAGAAAGCUUUUUAUUUGCUGAGUUUGAAGCCCCUGAAGGAGCCCGCCCCCAACGACAACAACAACAACGUGUCCUUUGUGAUCCAUUGUCAACUAGGCAAGGAGAUCAAACACAUUUGCAGCAACUGCAGUCGUGGGGAGGACGCCCGGGACGCUGAGGAAGUGGAGAGGCUGGCGGCAAUGCGAUCUGACUCCCUUGUCCCGGGUACCCACACCCCACCCAUCCGGAGGAGGAGUAAGUUUGCCAACCUGGGAAGGAUUUUCAAGCCUUGGAAGUGGAGGAAGAAGAAGAGUGAAAAGUUCAAACACACGUCUGCAGCCCUGGAAAGGAAAAUAUCGAUGAGGCAAAGCAGAGAGGAGCUAAUAAAACGAGGGGUCUUGAAGGAAAUCUAUGAUAAAGACGGGGAGCUCUCCAUAUCGAAUGAAGAUGACUCCCUGGAAAACGGGCAGUCCCUGAGCUCCAGCCAGCUGUCUCUGCCCGCCCUGUCUGAGAUGGAGCCAAUCCCGAUGCCCAGGGAUCCCUGCUCAUACGAGGUGCUCCAGCCUUCCGACAUCAUGGAUGGGACAGUGUCUGAAGAGAGUCCCUCUGCCAGUGAGUCUGGAGUCCUGCCCCAAGAUCCUUCAGCCAAAUCCGUCCUGCUCCUGCCCCCCAAAAAACCUGCUGCUUUCCCUGGAGACCAUGCGGAGACCCCAGUGAAGCAGCUCUCUCUCCUCAAGCAGCCCCCUGCCCUGCCUCCCAAACCCACUGCCAGGAUUGCCAACCACUUAACAGAUCCUGGCGCCCCUGUGAAAUUGCCUUGUCUGCCAGUGAAGCUGUCGCCUCCGCUACCUCCAAAGAAAGUCAUGAUCUGUAUGCCCAUGGGGGGGCCAGACCUCUCGCUGGCGUCCUACGCGGCCCAGAAGAGCGGCCAGCAGGGCGGGGCCCAGCACCACCACACCGUCCUGCCCUCCCAGAUCCAGCACCAGCUGCAGUACGGCAGCCUCAGCCAGCACCUCCCUGCCGCCACCGGCUCCCUCCCCAUGCACCCCUCGGGCUGCAGGAUGAUAGAUGAGCUGAACAAAACGCUGGCCAUGACCAUGCAGAGGCUGGAAAGCUCUGAGCAGCGGGUACCCUGUUCUACUUCUUACCACAGCUCUGGUUUGCACUCGGGUGACAGUGUCACAAAAGCAGGACCUCUGGGCCUUCCGGAAAUAAGACAAGUGCCAACUGUUGUGAUUGAAUGUGAUGACAAUAAAGAAAAUGUGCCUCAUGAAUCAGACUACGAAGACUCUUCUUGCCUGUACACACGAGAAGGGGAAGAGGACGAGGACGACGACAGCUCGCUGUAUACCAGCUCCCUGGCCAUGAAGGUGUGCAGGAAGGACUCCUUAGCCAUCAAACUCAGCAACAGGCCCUCCAAGCGAGAGCUGGAAGAAAAGAACAUCCUUCCGAGGCAGACGGACGAGGAACGGCUGGAGCUGAGGCAGCAGAUCGGCACCAAGCUCACCAGGCGACUGAGCCAGAGGCCAACUGCAGAGGAGUUGGAGCAGAGGAACAUUUUGAAACCUCGGAAUGAACAAGAGGAACAAGAGGAGAAACGAGAGAUCAAGAGGAGAUUAACUCGGAAGCUCAGCCAGAGGCCCACAGUGGAAGAGCUGAGAGAACGGAAGAUCCUCAUCCGCUUCAGCGAUUACGUGGAGGUGGCCGAUGCUCAGGACUAUGACCGCAGGGCCGACAAGCCCUGGACCCGCCUCACCGCUGCCGACAAAGCUGCCAUUCGGAAGGAGCUCAAUGAAUUUAAAAGCACUGAAAUGGAAGUUCACGAAUUGAGUAGACAUUUAACAAGGUUUCACCGACCUUAACAGUCGAAUUCCUCUUGAGUGCUAUGCUGUCUUCAAAACAUAAGUUUAUAAGAACCAUAAGUGCUGGUAUUUAUUCACUUCCCCAUUACGAUGUAAAUCUUCUGAACGACCUUUUUUUAAAAGAAGAAGAAAAGGAAAAGGAAACACAAGCAGGAUGGCGAUGGUUACAGGAUGGCGAUGGUUACGGCUCCGUGGUCAGAGGUGCUGGUGCCACUGCUGAUAAGGGACUGUGCCCUGCCCCGGGCAGGGCCGAGGACACCGGAGACUUUCCAGCACUAGGAGAAGCCCUGGGCCUCUCCGGCCAGGCUGGCAGGUACCACGUUUGUUCAGGCUCCGGCGAGCCUUAGGCGACAGACACUUUGGAGGCAGAGUCCAAGGAAAGCCAAGGUGGUGGAUCUGGCCUGGGAUGACUGUGCAAAGCGGGCGAGCCGGCUGGCCUUCUAGACUUGGCCAGAUACACUGGCUCCAGGUGUGCCAUGUGGCUGGGGGGGCCCCGAGGCGGCGGCUGCUGAGGGAGCAGCGUCCUCCUCUCCCUCCAGCCGUCACCCAGGCCGUGAACUGAAGGGAGAGCCCUUUUCUGGGGGAGCCUGUGGCUGACAGUGCGUGCCCCAGGCCUGGAAGGCUGGCACGAGCGCCUGUCCUGUCCCCUCAGGCUGAGCCGGGCUGCCUUCCAGGAAGCUCUGGUUUAGAAGGGGAAAGUUGUCAGUAGCAAAGCCCGGUGUCACGGGUGAUCUUACACAUACCAACAGCCACGGGCGGCGUGGUGGGAUCACACGUGUGAGCAUGAGACCCCUUUUGAGGGCAUAAGGGCUGGGGUGACAAAC